GCUCUACAACUGUAGCAGUUAAUAAUUUUACGUAGCCUAACCAACCGUUCGGUCAUCUUGCAACGUAGGAAACAGUAAAGGUAACUUUGUGAAUCGGUAAUUUAAUGGUAAUGUAAUUGCGUGGUGUUUUAAAACGUGGUUUCAAAAAUCAACAGCGAUAGGUGUCAUCACAACGAACAGCGUCUAACCGUUUUCUGCUCGUGCCUUUACUUUGAGAUUGCUCUCCAAAUAAUUAUUCAGUCAUCAAAAGUAUUCAGUUGUGUAUUGUAGUUGAUUGUGGAGCUGUAAUUUCAACAUGCCGAUGAAUGAAAGAGCAGUUUGGGGGAUUUUGCUGAUGAGCUCAUUGAUUACAUUGAGUCAGUCGAGCAAACUGAACGUUCCCAAGCUGCUGCUUCCUCUCAGCACUCGCGUGCCUGUGAACAUCACACUGACAGCACAGAGUGGAUGCUACAAAUGGAUGUCCUCUAAGCCCGAGAGUGUCAGGGUGUAUCCUCUGUCUGCACUAAGCCCUCCAGAUCUGCUGCCUGUGUCAUCGUGUAGUCAGCAGUGCAUGGUGUCCACUCUGCCCUCUCCUCAGGCUAUUCCUAUCCAUAGUGUGGUUCAAGCACAGGACCUUGUGACAGGUCAUGUUCUGCGCUGUGAUGUCAUCGUUGAUCGUAUCCAAAGAAUUCAGAUUGUCACAACCACCAGACAUCUUUUUACUGAUGACCCACCCCUUCAACUGUCUGUCCAGGCAUUUGACACUGAAGGAAAUACUUUCAGCUGUCUGGCUGGCUUGAAUUUUAAUUGGAGGCUGGCAAAGGAGUCUGAUGCAAUAGAGACAUUGAGGUUUGUACGGUACCAUGAUGCUGGUUAUGCUCCUCCACCUCAUAUCUUGUCUAUAGAGGAAGAUGGUCAGAAGGGUGACAGUGUCCUGCUGUAUGGGAUCCGCAGCGGCUUGGCACAUGUAAAAGUGUCUCUUACACACCCUGAAUAUAAGCAUGUAGAAGCAGCCAGUGUGACUCUGUUUGUGAUAGAUCGACUACAUCUGAGCCCAGCGGAGGACACAUACCUGCUACAGGGUUCGACUAUCAAAUACAAUGUGUGGAAAACAGAGCAAGAGGGAGAGAUUGAGGUCACACUGUCGGAGGAAGGAUACAGGCUGGCUGUGAAUGGGUACAGCGGCAGAAUGCAUUAUUGUGAUAUCAUCUGUGUUGACCAGGAGACAACUACCGUCACUGCCCUCAAGCUGGGUCACGCGACACUGACCAUUUCACAUAACAAUCUGCCAUCUGAAGUAAUGUCCCACCUCCCUCGCACUACUGUAUACGUGGUGGAGCCCAGUUACAUGACUUUGGGUAUUAAGGAGGAAGAGGACAGAUGGGUUUUGGAGAGAGAGCGGCAGUAUUAUUUGACUGUCCGUAUCCAUGACAACGAGGGCCAUGUGGUUCACCUAUCACAGAACGUGGUAAUUGUUCUGGAAGAAACUGAUGGCUUACUGACGUUGGAUUCCACUUCUGACCCCUCCUGCCACCUCCUAACAACCCAUAGGACAGGAAAGACCUCAAUACAGGCCACACUUCAUAGCGUCAUCUCUGAGGAUGGUGAAGAGUGGCCCAUCGUCCCACCAAUUAGAGCGCAACAGAAAGUGGAAAUCUACAACCCUCUUACCCUGCAACCCUCUGUGAUUGUGUUUCCAUGGCAACCUCGUGAUAAGCUGUACCAGUACAGUAUUAAGGUGGAAGGAGGAAGUGGCUCCGUGAUGUGGGAAGUGUCUAAUAGUCAAAUUGCCACAGUUACUGUAAAAGGGGUGGUCCUAGCCGGAAACAGGAGGGGUCAGACUGAAAUUCAAGCUUUGGAUUCCAAAAACCCGUUACAUAAAGUAGUCGGGAAGGUAAUGGUUGUGAGACCCAGCCGGUUGCAGCUGAUGCCGCAGCGGGGUGACUGCCGUGUUGGAGACUGGAUUGAGCUUCCCUUGGCUCUGUGGGGCAUCCAGGACCCCUCCGAUUCUUGCUCUCAUACACACACAGACUGUGAUACACAUUCAUACACUCACAAGAGCACCAAUGCAGAUGCUCAGACACAAUGUUUCUCCCAUACACCUCAAUAUGUCGAGUCUUUCCUGAUGGAGGGAAAUUUUGUGCCGGUCACAGACUGCUCUGAGAUCUCGCUACACAUCCACACCGAACCUCCAGGCAUCUUCACACAUGAGCCAGGGUCUGUGUCUCCGGGUGUUGGGUUCUGUGGAGGGGUCCGUUUAAAAGCUAUUUCACAGGGUUAUGCUGUUGUUACCAUCACAGUGGAAACAGAGCGAUGCAACAUCAGUGAGAAGACAUCACUGGUGGCAUACAGCCCACUUAAAUCUCUUGCAUCUAAGGUUCUUCUGUCAGUGGGUGCAGCUCAUAUGGUUGUAUUUGAAGGGGGUCCUCAGCCCUGGCCCACGGCCCCCAUACGUUUCUAUAGUUACAUCGAGCCACAGCCAGCAGGGGGUGUUACCGUGGAGACAUUGAGUUCGGCAGAAGCAGGACCACUUCGACAUGCAUAUUGGGUCACGUGUGCCGCUCUGGGAGAACAGUGGUUGGUCUUUAGGUGCGGUAAUACUCCAGGUCCAUUAAACGAGAUGCCCGCCGUUGAGGAGAGCAGAGUUCAGGUUGCAUGCGGCGUACCUGCUGGUCUCUCUCUUACUCCUCUCUUGUGCACAGCCUCCUCACCUUCUUGCAUUCCUGUGUUCCCCAAUCACAGUUCCUGCCCUCAACAUCAGCACCCCUGUGGACCAUUAGCUGUGUCCAGCAGUAGGGAUGCUGCCUUGCAGUUGUCUUUAUUCAACCAGAAGGGGGAGCAGUUUGAUAAUUUCACUUCCUGUUCAGUAAAGUGGACCACCUCAGACCCUCGCCUUUGCUCAUUGCCACCUCAAUCUGCAAUGAACAUGGCAGAUGAACCAACUCAGACAGGCUACAAACUACAUGCCUGGCAGGUGCUUCAAGCCCAUGAACAGACAGGAACUGUGACUGUUAAUGUCACUCUCAGAUGUCCAGAGAUGUCAACAGCACCAGUGUCUCAGCAUGUGAAUCUGAAUUUGGUAGAAGAUGUACAGUGGGCCAUGCCUUCUGUCACUCUGUUUAACCAUCCAAAUGUCACUGAAAAUCUGACCUUAAUCCAUGGCACAGGUCACUUUCAGGUCAAAUUAGAAGAUAGUACAUUGGCCCACAUCACUCAUGUGGAGAACACCAAUAUAGUACAGGUGUCUCCACGUCAGCCAGGUUCCUCAACUCUCUUGGCUUAUGAUCUCUGUCUGUCCUCUGAUCCAGCUGUGGCCUCCAUCCUGGUAUCUGACAUCACAGAUUUUCAGAUUGACUUCAUUGAUAUUAUGGAGGUCAGUCGUACCGUUACAGUGCGAGUGCGUGUUCUGGAUUCGAAGAAGCAGCCAUUUUUCCAUCAUUUCCUGUCAUUUAUGAACCUUAAGCUUAUUCCGUCUUCAUCCAUCGUUUCUGUGGAGCAGGUGGGGCCGCUGGACAGGUACUCUGUGGGAUUUAAUGUGACAGGCGUAGAAGUGGGCGUGGUCAGUUUUCACCUCUCAGCAGUAGGUGGUGAUGGAGGUGUUAUAAGCUCCUCCCACAAGAAUAUACAGGUUUACCCACCAUUCAUUCUGCGGCCCCAUAAACUUUCUCUGGCAGUUGGAAGUGUGCAACAGGUGAAAUGGGAGGGAGGUCCUCAUCCACAGUCCAGUGUGGGGUUCUCGGUGAAUGACAGCUCUAUUGCUAUGGUGACUGACACAGGACUGGUUAGGGGUAUGGCAGUGGGCAUGGCCAAACUCAGAGGAGCUCUUCAGUCUGUAACACAAGACACAGGAUCAUUCCUCACCAUUGCACAGGAUGAAGUGGAGGUGGAAGUAUUUAACAUGACAGGAGUGAGAAUACAAGCUCCUUUAGUGACUCUAUCUGUCGGAACAGAGAUGCCGGUUUACGUGAUGGGGAGUGACAAUCGUCAAAAUCCUUUUUCUCUUGGUAGUGUUGAGUCUGGCCUCAGUUUCUACUGGAGUCUGAGCAAACCGGAUGUGUUGGAGAUCAGGGCAAGGCACACUGAAGUGGGUGUUAGUGUGUUGCCCUCUCACAGUUUCUCUGUACUGGUAAGGGCCAAAGCUCCAGGCAAAAGCAGUCUCAAAGUGCGUGUGCAGCUUGAACAGAUACACACCAGCAACACGUCUCUCUCUGAUCAUCUUACUAAUGAGAUACAGAUACUGGUGUUUGAAGAGAUGCAGUUCGCAGCAGGAAGUCUUAGAUCCAUCCUCAUGUCCCCUCAGUCUCAAUACUCCCUGCAAAGCAAUACAGACUCAACCUAUCCAGUCCAUUAUGCCCUCAGAGAAUGUGUCUCAGGGGCGGGGCUUGUUACCGUUGAUGAGCAAGGAGUGGUGAAGGCGGGGCCUGAUACAGGAGCCGUCCUGUUGGAGGUUUUUACCACGGAUGCUCGUGGUAUCAAUCAAACACAGUUGAUCAGUGUAAAGGUGUCAGCAGUGUGGUUUGUUCGUGUUUUGGCUGUGUCAUCUCUGAAAAGUGAUGGUGAGAUAGCCCUGCCUGCCUUUCCUCUUGGCUGGAGUAUCAAUAUCAUGGCUAUUUACUACAACCACCUGGGAGAACAGUUUCACUCUCAUAAUAUGCAAACAGUAGUUACCACAAACAGAGAUGACCUGGUGCAGCUGAUGGCCGACAAAGACGGUCAGACAUUUCUGGUGCAAACUGUGUCCCCGGGUCUAACUGUUUUGAAGGUACAGGGGCACCCAACCAACCCAUCUUUGAAUGAUUACAUACCUCUGUUAGUGCUUCCUGCCAUCUCAGAGCCCCUAGGAUCUCUGCGGCCAGGAGAUGUCAUCUGUUUCAACUCUCUUAUUACAGACCUGAAUGCUCAGCGUGGCAGGUGGAAUGUGUCAUCAAGUCACAUACUUCAGAUAACCUCUGAGACUGGAGUGGCACUCGCAAAGAAUUCUGGGACAGCGGUGGUUUACUAUGGGCUAGAAGAAGGACAGCAAACCUUCCGACAGGUAACGGUUGAGCCUGCGUCUGUUCCUUUAAUCAGCGUUCCAGAUGAUAGGCUUCUUACUAACUGGCCUGAAGCUUCAGAAUAUAUAGUCAGAGUGGAUCUCAACACCUCUGAUGCCAACACAGCUCAAUGCGCUCUGGACCAGUGGGAUGCUAUAGAGAAGAAUCUACAGCCUCAAGCAGAGCUCCAGUGUUUGCUUCAUUUCAGCGCCCCCUACCUACAUCUGAAAACACUGCAGGCUAUAUUUCAUGCAUCACCCUUUUAUGAUAUAGACACUGCUCAGUACAGUUGCAGGAUUUCUGUGCAGCCGCAGUCAGACUCCAUCCUCCGUGUCCUGUCCACUCUGUCUUUCUCCAUCUAUCUGUCAGCCGGUCUGCAGACUCAGUCACCUCCGUCUGCCCUGCUACCUCUGUCAUCCACAUCUGUUCAGUCGUCUGUUCUGCUCCCACAUGUGCCAGCAUUCUAUUGUCCUGUAACUGAGAUUAACCUUUCAUCCCAGCAACCUGUGGCUGAAAUCACUGUGUUUGGCACCAAAGACAUGCUAAGCACACUGCGGGCCCAUUCAGACACCUCAGACAUUGUGAUAUCUGAGCCUGUUCGUUCGGAUGAAGGGCACAACUUCCUCCUCAUUUCAGUCUAUUCAGUGUCGCAUCACCUGGAUCAAGGACCUUCUACUGCAAGCAUCACCCUGAACACAGUGCUCUCCACACAGACACAUAUAGUGAGGGUGACUAGACUUGUGGAUGACAAGGAAUCAGGCCAGCUUGGAGCUUAUUUACACUCAGGGCAUUUGUUCAUUGUAACAUUUGUUCUGUUUGCUAUUCUUGCUGCCGGUUCUUCACUUUUUAUAGUGUACAAUACCAUGCUGUCUCACAUGCAGACUCAGCCAACAGUCUACACGGCUUCAACCAAUAAUGCAGAGGACAAAAAACACUUCUUGUUGUGGCUGACACCAACGGUCCAAGCAGACAGAAACCUGCGAAGACGAUGGCUUUGGAGCGUUCGCUAAAACCUUCCUCCAUUAUGCGUUCGGGAAAGUUGCGAAUUUUGUCUUUUAUCUAUUCAGUGAUACCGUAAACACAAUCACUAAAAGGGGUUAUUGAAAUCUU